AUGGUGCACGCGUUAAUUGAAGCGUACGGCUUGCUGCGUCUACGAGAUCUGACCAUUGUCUCGCCGCGCAAGGCAACCGUCAAGGAGCUUUGUCGCUUCCACUCUCGCGACUAUAUUGAAUUCCUGAACAAGGCCGAGGAGUACGACAGUGGAGAAGAUAGCGACGAGGACAACGACAGUAACGACGACAACGAAAACCCUCACGCCACUCGUGCUUCAACACACAAUAAAGAAGACAAGUUAGAAGUGUAUGGACUCCGCUUCGACUGCAGUGUCUUUGAGGGUCUUGCUGACUAUGCCGCCUAUGUAGCUGGGUCCACCCUCGAAGCAGCCACCCUUCUCUGCGACGACGCCUUUGAUAUUGCCAUUCACUGGGAUGGCGGCAGACACCAUGCGCGGAAAGAUGCAGCUGCAGGGUUCUGCAUCGUCAACGAUAUUGUCCUCGGUAUCAUGGAGCUCCAAAAGACCUUUGACCGUGUCCUCUAUCUCGAUCUUGACGUCCACCACGGUGAUGAAGGACUCUACCCAGGCACUGGAUCUGGAACCUCCACAUCAACCCGUAUAAAGUCGGUUGUGAACAUCCCCAUGAAGGCUGGCCUCUCUAAUGGGACGCUAAGCAAGGUCUUUGACGAGAUGAUUGCGCCCCUUGUCGAACAGUUCAACCCGGAUGCUGUUGUUCUACAGUGUGGUGUCGAUGGCAUGGCGGGCGACCCGCUAGGCAAAUGGAACUUGACCAUGGCUGGAUACAGCGACUGCCUGAAAAAGGUCAUGGCGUGGAAGAAACCCCUCCUAGUCCUCGGCGGAUACAACACGGUGUCGACAGCACGAUGCUACGCCUACCUAACAAGCCAAAUACUCGAUCGCACCAUCUCGGAUGAGAUCCCCGAACACGCUUACUUUGAAGAGUACCAACCCGAUUUCUUACUCUUUAUCGAUCCAGGAUACCAAGCGGACAGCAAUACCGAGGAGCACCUUGAUCAUGUCCGUAGGUUAGUUGACACCCAGUCCAAGUCCCUUACGUCCCAACGCUAG